UUCUUCAUGUGAGGCGCAUACGUGGGCUGGUGAACAAUUCUAAGCCUUCUUUUCCUUGCCGAUUGCUAUGGGAAUACGGCGCUGGCGGUCUUUCUCCCCAUCUCCGGACUUCUGGCCGUCUUGAAGUACUGAAAAUAGAAACUGCGCCGCAUAUAUCCGAGGCUUUUUUUCUCUUCGGCGUUUCUGGCGCUUUUGCGAGACUACCAAAUCGCGUUUUACAAGUUUUGGGACACGGAGACUUGAGUCGCAAUGGCACGUACCAAGCAGACUGCCCGUAAAUCCACUGGUGGAAAGGCGCCCAGGAAGCAGCUGGCCACCAAAGCUGCCAGGAAGAGUGCGCCCUCUACUGGUGGUGUGAAGAAGCCUCACAGAUACAGGCCUGGAACUGUUGCCCUGAGAGAGAUCCGUAGGUACCAGAAGUCCACAGAGUUGCUGAUCCGCAAACUCCCUUUCCAGCGCCUGGUGAGAGAAAUUGCACAGGACUUCAAGACCGACCUGCGUUUCCAGAGUGCUGCCAUUGGUGCUCUCCAGGAGGCCAGUGAGGCUUAUUUGGUUGGCCUGUUUGAGGACACCAACCUGUGUGCCAUUCAUGCCAAGAGAGUCACCAUCAUGCCCAAGGACAUCCAGCUGGCUCGGCGAAUCCGGGGCGAGCGCGCCUAAGCACCAGCUCUCGAACUUUAUCCGAACUUUUUUUUUGGGGAAGAGAAAUUUUUUGAAAUCUUUUAUUGAACUGCAAAUGCCUUCAUGUGGAGGUUGAAGUUUAUUUUGUAUUUUUGUUAGUAUUGAUAGAAAACAGAAAAAAAAACAGGCUAGUGGUUUACAGUGCAAAAGUAGCAAGCGUUUUGUAAAACAUUCCUUCAAAACUCCCUCUCAGGUUUUUAAAAUAAACAGUCAAUUUGUAUCUGAAAUUGUUAUACCUCUGGCUCAUUGUGCUGUAGAUUGUAGUUUGCAUGCUUCAGAUGGGAUAAAUUAUUAGUAGACUUGUUAUCUUUUUUUUCUUUACCUUUCUCUUUUUUGCAUUGUGAUUAUUGGGUUGUAAAUAAACUUUCCACUACCUCA